AAUUUCGGAAAGUGUGUUUUUAGUUGAUGCUGGACGCUCUUGCUCACAAAAUCUCGUGAAAACUUUGUAAAAUCUGUGAAUUUUGACCCCUGCUUAGCCAUGGCGGAUGCGGCGGCUCGUCAGCUUCAGUACGAGUACAAAGCGAACUCCAAUCUUGUGUUGCAAGCCGAUGUGCGACUCAUUGAGAGGCCCCGAAGAGAUGAAGCAACAGGCGAAGUGGUGUCGCUGGUGGGGAAGCUGGAGGGAACCCGCAUGGGAGACAGAUACCAGCGGACGAAGCCGGAGAAGACGGAGGAGCGCAAGGCGAAGCGUCAGAAGAGAGAUGAGGCGCAAUAUGAUUUCGAUCGCAUGAAGGGAGCCACUCUGCUCUCAGAGGGCAUCGAUGAGAUGGUGGGAAUUGUCUACCGGCCCAAAACUCAGGACACUCGACAGACGUAUGAGGUUCUCUUGAGCUUCAUUCAGGAAUCUCUGGGUGAUCAGCCAAGAGACAUUCUCUGUGGCGCCGCAGAUGAGAUUCUGGCGGUGCUGAAGAAUGAGAAACUGAAGGAUCGGGAGAAGAGAAAGGAUAUUGACUCCCUCUUGGGCAAUGUCACUGAAGAGCGAUUUGCUCUGUUGGUGAAUUUGGGAAAGAAAAUAACAGAUUUCGGCUCAGAGGCGACAAGCACUAUAAAAGUGGCAGGAGAAGAGCAGAUCGAUGAGACUUAUGGGAUAAACGUACAGUUUGAGGAGUCUGAGGAAGAGAGCGAUGAAGACAUUUACGGUGAGAUCCGUGAAGAAGACGCUCCUGAAGAGGGUGAAGAGGCGAGAAUUGAUAACACACUUCAUGCUGAGAAUUUGGGUGGAUCUGAAGAGUCCAAGAAGGAAAAAUCUCUCCAUCCUCUGGACAUUGAUGCUUACUGGCUUCAGAGAUGUCUCAGUAAGUUUUACAACGAUGCAAUGGUAUCUCAGGCGAAAGCGUCAGAAGUCCUGAAGAUCCUCAAGGACUCCAAUGAUGAUCGAGACUGCGAGAAUCAACUGGUUUUGCUUCUUGGAUUCGACUGCUUUGACUUCAUCAAGAAGCUGAAGAAGAAUCGAGAGAUGAUUCUCUACUGCACAAUGCUAGCGUCGAGUCAGAGUGAGUCGGAGAGGCAGAAAAUUCGUGAUCAGAUGCGUGCAGAUCCCACCUUGGCUAAGAUCCUCCGACAGUUGGACACUGGGAAAAACAUCGACGAGGAUGAAGAUGGUCACCCAACGCGGGCACUGAAGAAGUACAAGGAGGAGUUGAUUAAGGGUGAAGAGGAUAGUGAUGAGCAUCUGGGAAAGAACAGGAAGAUUCUAGAACUAGAGGAUCUAAUUUUCGCAGCUGGAUCGCAUUUUAUGGCCAAUAAGAGGUGUCAAUUGCCUGAUGGAUCUUUCCGGAAGCAGAGGAAGGGAUAUGAAGAAGUGCACGUGCCCGCGCUGAAGCCCAAAGCUUUUGAGGAAGACGAAGAGCUGGUGACAAUAGAGAAGUUGCCAAAGUAUGUCCAACCAGUCUUUGAGGGCUUUAAGACGCUGAAUCGCAUUCAGAGUCGCCUGUGGAAGUCUGCUUUGGAGACAGAUGAAAAUAUGCUCCUGUGCGCCCCAACUGGAGCUGGUAAGACAAAUGUGGCGCUGCUGACGAUGAUGCGAGAGAUCGGAAAGCACAUCAAUGACGAUGGAUCGAUCAAUACGGACGAAUUUAAGAUCAUCUAUGUGGCUCCCAUGAGAUCCUUGGUGCAGGAAAUGGUGGGAAACUUCGGAAAGAGGCUGGGAUGUUACAAUCUCACGGUGUCUGAGCUGACAGGUGAUCAUCAGCUGACCAGGGAACAGAUUGCUGCAACGCAGAUUAUCGUGUGCACACCCGAAAAGUGGGAUAUCAUCACGCGAAAGGGCGGAGAGAAGACGUUUACGUCUCUCGUGAGACUGGUGAUUAUCGAUGAGAUACACUUGUUGCACGAUGAGCGAGGUCCUGUGUUGGAAGCACUUGUGGCGCGUACGAUUCGGAACAUUGAGACCACACAAGAGGACAUCCGUCUCAUUGGAUUGUCCGCCACUCUGCCCAACUAUCAAGACGUGGCCACAUUCUUGCGCGUUCGUCCUGAGAAGGGGCUCUUCUACUUCGACAACAGUUUCAGACCUGUGGCUUUGGAGCAGCAGUACAUUGGAGUGACAGAGAAGAAGGCACUCAAGAGGUUCCAGGUCAUGAAUGACAUCGUCUAUGAGAAAACUAUAGAGCAUGCUGGACGAAAUCAAGUUCUGAUUUUCGUGCACUCUCGCAAAGAAACAGGCAAAACUGCGAGAGCCAUCAGAGACAUGUGUCUGGAAAAGGAUACUCUGGGGAGUUUCUUGCGCGAGGGAUCAGCGAGUAUGGAAGUGUUGCGAUCGGAAGCGGAGCAGGUGAAAAAUUCGGAGCUGAAGGAGUUGCUUCCGUAUGGAUUUGCUAUUCAUCACGCUGGAAUGACACGAGUGGACAGGACGCUGGUGGAGGAUUUGUUUGCUGAUCGACACAUUCAAGUGCUCGUUUCCACUGCCACUCUGGCAUGGGGUGUCAAUCUUCCAGCCCACACAGUCAUCAUCAAGGGAACACAAGUGUAUAAUCCGGAGAAAGGUCGUUGGACUGAGCUUGGCGCUUUGGACGUCCUUCAGAUGCUGGGUCGAGCUGGUCGACCUCAGUAUGAUAUUAAAGGUGAGGGCAUAUUGAUCACAAACCACAGCGAGCUUCAGUACUACUUGUCGCUGUUGAACCAGCAAUUGCCCAUUGAGUCGCAGUUCGUGUCUAAAAUGCCUGAUAUGCUAAAUGCAGAGAUUGUUCUGGGAACUGUGCAGAACGUUAAGGAUGCCGUCAAUUGGCUUGGGUACACAUAUCUGUAUAUUCGAAUGCUGCGCCAGCCGACUUUGUAUGGCAUAUCGCAUGAUCAGAUGAAGGAGGAUUCACUGCUGGAGACUCACAGGGCAGAUCUAGUGCACACGGCUGCUCUUCAUCUGGAUCGCAGCGAGCUGAUCAAGUAUGAUAGGAAGACAGGCAAUUUCCAAGUGACCGAAUUGGGUAGAAUCGCGUCACACUAUUACUGCACUCACGACACCAUCAUGACAUACAAUCAGCUGCUUAAACCUACGCUCAGCGAAAUCGAGUUGUUUAGAGCAUUCUCACUGUCUGGAGAGUUCAAAAAUAUCACAGUGAGAGAGGAAGAGAAACUGGAGCUGCAGAAGCUCAUGGAACGUGUGCCGAUUCCCAUCAAGGAGAGCAUUGAAGAGCCAAGUGCUAAAGUGAACGUGUUGCUCCAAGCGUACAUUUCGCAGCUGAAACUCGAAGGAUUCGCCCUGAUGUCUGACAUGGUCUAUGUCACUCAGUCAGCCGCGAGGCUCCUCAGAGCAAUUUACGAGAUGGUUUUAUAUCGAGGGUGGGCUCAAUUGGCAGAGAAGUCCUUGACUCUUUGCAAAAUGAUUGAUCGUCGGAUGUGGCAAUCUAUGUCACCUUUGCGCCAAUUCCGCAAGAUGCCAGAAGAAAUUGUGAAAAAGAUCGAGAAGAAGAACUUCCCGUGGGAGCGCUUGUACGAUUUGGAGCCCAACGAGAUUGGAGAACUCGUGAGAGUGCCGAAAUUGGGCAAGACAAUUCACAAGUUCGUUCACCAAUUCCCAAAAUUGGAUCUUUCAACCCACAUUCAACCAAUCAACACAUCGACUCUGCGUGUUGAACUCAGCAUAACUCCAGAUUUCCAGUGGGAUGAGAAAGUGCAUGGACAGUCUGAGGCAUUCUGGAUUCUGGUGGAGGAUGUGGACUCUGAAGUGAUCCUUCACCAUGAAUUCUUUCUCCUGAAGGCAAAAUACUGUCAGGAUGAACAUCUUAUAAAGUUCUUCGUGCCAGUUUUCGAACCUCUUCCUCCACAAUAUUUCCUGAGAAUUGUGUCUGAUCGCUGGCUUGGCGCGGAGACGCAGCUCCCCGUCUCGUUCAGGCAUCUUAUCUUGCCGGAGAAGAAUCUCCCGCCAACAGAACUGCUGGAUCUGCAACCGCUGCCCAUCACGGCUCUUCGAAAUCCCAGAUACGAGGCUUUCUACAAUGAUCGCUUUCCGCAAUUCAAUCCCAUUCAGACGCAAGUUUUCAACGCAGUCUACAACAGUGAUGAUAACAUCUACAUUGGAGCUCCAACUGGAUCUGGAAAGACGACAAUUUCUGAAUUUGCCAUCUUCAGGCUCUUCUCUCAGAAUCCGGAUGGAAGAUGCGUGUACUUGGUGUCCAGAGAGGCUCAGGCAGAUUUAAUGUUCAACGAGUGGCACUCGAGAUUCGGACAAAUCCUUGGUCAUAAGGUUGUCAAGAUGACUGGUGAGACCGGAACGGACCUGAAGCUCCUCGCUAAGGGACAAAUCAUCAUCACAACGGCUGACAAAUGGGAUGUCCUGUCCCGCAGAUGGAAGCAAAGGAAGAAUGUCCAGAACAUUCAGCUAUUCAUUGUGGAUGAACUGCAGUUGAUCGGUGGAGAAGAUGGACCCGUGUUGGAGGUUGUUUGUUCAAGGAUGCGCUAUAUUUCGUCGCAAAUUGAGAAACAGAUCAGAAUUGUGGCUUUGUCGUCAUCAUUGGCCAAUGCCAGGGACAUUGCUCAGUGGUUGGGAUGCAACACAAGUGUGACAUUCAAUUUCCACCCGAGUGUUCGUCCAAUUCCACUUGAGCUCCACGUCCAGGGCUUCAAUAUAACACACCAUGCUUCGAGAAUAGCUGCCAUGUCGAAGCCAGUGUACAAUGCCAUCAUCAAGUACAGCCCGCAUAAACCGGUGAUUGUGUUUGUGUCGUCCAGGAAACAAGCACGAUUGACAUCCAUUGACAUCCUGACUUACUGUGCAGCUGAAUCACAACCGAAUAGAUUUUUCCACGCUGAGGAGGAGGACAUCAAACCAUUCCUGGAUCGUAUGUCUGACAAGACACUGAAGGAGACUCUCUCCCAAGGAGUUGCUUACAUCCAUGAGGGACUCACGCAAUCUGAUCAUCGCCUUGUGGAGCAGCUAUUCGACUCUGGAGCUGUCCAGAUUGCCGUGGUGACGCGAGAGUUGGCCUGGGGACUCAAUAUUUGCGCCCACUUGGCCAUCAUAAUGGACACGCAGUACUACAACGGGAAGAAUCAUUCCUACGAAGACUAUCCAGUCACUGAUGUUAUGCAGAUGAUAGGACGAGCCAAUCGUCCGCUGGAAGACAAGGAUGCGAAAUGCGUUCUGAUGUGUCAGAGCUCCAAGAAGGAGUUCUUCAAGAAAUUCUUAAAUGAAAGCCUUCCUGUGGAGAGCCAUCUUGACCAUCGUCUUCACGAUCACUUCAAUGCUGAGAUCGUGACAAAGACUAUCGAGAAUAAGCAAGAUGCCGUUGACUACUUGACUUGGACCUUCCUUUAUCGCCGACUGACGCAGAAUCCGAACUACUACAAUUUACAAGGAGUUACUCAUCGUCAUUUAUCUGAUCAUUUGUCUGAGCUCGUGGAGAACACCCUGUCGGAUUUGGAGCAGUCAAAGUGCAUCAGCAUUGAAGAUGACAUGGAUACAUUGCCACUGAAUUUGGGAAUGAUUUCAGCUUACUACUACAUCAACUAUACAACAAUUGAACUGUUCAGUUUGUCACUGAAUAGUAAGACAAAAAUUCGUGGCCUCUUGGAGAUCAUUUCAUCAGCUGCAGAAUAUGAAGAUAUUGUUGUGCGACACCAUGAGGAGAAUAUUUUGAGGAGUUUGGCUCAGCGCCUGCCAAAUAAACUCGUUGGGCCAAAUGGCGCUAGCCCAAAAUACAAUGAUCCGCACAUAAAGACAAAUCUUCUGCUGCAAGCUCACCUGUGCAGAUUCCAGCUGGGACCAGAGCUGCAGGGCGACACGGAGAUGAUUCUCGGCAAGUCUAUUCGACUGAUUCAGGCCUGCGUGGACGUGCUGAGCUCGAACGGAUGGCUCUCACCCGCCGUGGCUGCUAUGGAAUUGGCUCAGAUGGUGACUCAGGGCAUGUGGAGCAAAGACUCGUACUUGAAACAAUUGCCGCACUUCACCAAUGACAUCAUAAAGAGAUGCACAGAUAAGAACAUUGAGACAGUGUUUGACAUCAUGGAGUUGGAGGAUGAUGAUCGAACCCGACUGCUACAACUCACUGACGCACAAAUGGCUGAUGUGGCGAGAUUCUGCAAUCGCUAUCCAAAUAUUGAGCUGAACUUUGAGGUCCUCAACAAGGAGCGCAUUAAUUCUGGGUCGACGGUCAAUGUGGUGGUGCAGUUGGAGCGUGAAGAUGAAGUGACGGGGCCGGUUAUUGCUCCCUUCUUCCCACAGAAACGCGAGGAAGGAUGGUGGGUCGUAAUCGGCGAUCCUCGCUCCAACUCUCUGCUGUCGAUCAAGCGUCUCACACUGCAGCAGAAGGCUAAAGUGAAACUGGACUUUGUGGCCCCGAGUCCCGGUCAGCACGAGUACACGCUCUACUUCAUGAGCGACUCCUAUCUGGGAUGCGAUCAAGAGUACAAGUUCUCGAUUAACGUGGGAGACUUUCAGUCAGACAGCGGAUCGGAUUCUGAUUAAAGGUGGGCACUUGCAGAGGGAGAUUAGAUGCGACGAUGAUUGCGAGACACGCAAUCCUUGAGUGUGUCUGGGCGCAGAAAUGAAAAGGAGGUAUUGCAGUGAAAAAUAAACACUUUUGAUCUUA